UCUUCUGUCAGUAACCGUACAUCUGAGAUACCACCUACUGCUGAUGAUAUUUCCAGUGUAUUCAUAGUGCUGACAGUGUCAGGAGACAGCGCAGUAGUGUCCGAGCUCACACCAUCUGCUGGAGUCAUAGACGGCAACAGUGAAGGUGGAAUUAGCUACUUUGAACGAAGCUGUAAUAGUAUCUGUGUGUACAACCAGCCGGUCCUCAGCACCAACAGCAGCCGGGCUGCAGCAUGUGGCUGUGGGCUUUGCUUCCUGUCUGCCUGGCUCUCUUUGGCACUUUGGGCAUUUGGGCUGUGUUCGCUGUAGCCGUAGCAAAUGGAACAGUCAACCUCACAGAGGGAGUCCCUUACAUCAGUAAAUGCGGCACCUACCCUCCUCAGAGCUGCCUCUUCUCUCAGGUCUGCAACAUCUGCUCCGUUUUAGCCCUGUGGAUUGCCGUGAUCCGUUUCCAGCAGGUUAGGGACUACGGUGACCAUGGAAAGGCCAACACUGCCAGCCUUGUUCUGGGAUUCAUCUCCUCUUUAGGAAUCUCUAUCCUUGGCAACUUUCAGCAAUCAGUCUUAAAGACAGUUCACCUUUUGGGAGUAUUCCUGACCUUCAUGCUUGGCCUGGCCUACUUCUGGGCACAGCUCUUUCUAACCUAUCGGGCUCAGCCGUGUCAGGACGGACGCUGGGUCAAGCCUGUCAGAGCGACCUGCUGCUGCCUCUGUACCAUCCUGGUCAUUGUUAUGUCUGUUCUCCACAACACUGGCCAUCGCUCUGAAGCUGCUGUGUGUGAGUGGACCUUGGCCAUGUUGUUUUUCUGCCUCUUCGGCCUUUUUGCGGCUGAGUUCAGACACAUCGACUGCCACCGCCUCACUGUACAGAAACGAGCUCUGAGGACUAACCACCUCACAACAGAAAUGAAUGGCAGUGGUGUAUAUACACUCAGCUGAACACACAUUCUAUACAUAUGGAAACAACACUCCCCUUGUGCUGUUCCUAUAGUUGCUAUGUCGCCCUUAAUGCAGGCGUAUAGCCUGUGCAUUAGGUUCGUAAUGUACACAUUCAGUUGCUGCGUUUGCGUCUUCUAAUCACACAACAGGGAAGUGUUGUAAUAUUGGUAUUCUAGCUUGCAUUUGCCAUUUUGAAAAAUCCAGUAACUUUGUAUAUAUCUGAAUCUUUUUUAUAAAAAUUGUCUUUUUACCUUUUUGAAUCUUACAAGUGUUGAUAACAUUUACCUUUUUACCUACAGUACCUUAGGAUGGUAAACAACACAUUAUGUCUGUAUUAUGAUAAAUUGACAGUUUUAAAUGAUUCAUUCAUUAAUUGUUUGCCCUAUAAAGUGUCAAACUAAGUAAAAGAUUACUCACCAUAGUGUGCAAAAGCCCAUGUGGGAAAACAUUAGAAAAAAUUGCAGGAAAUCCUCAUAAGUGAGAAGCAGGAGCUCAAAGCAUUUGGCAUUGUUGCCCGAAAAUCCCUUGAAGAGUUAAUCAACCAAUUAUUUUUCUUUGAGUUGACAAAAACUCUCUAAACCAGUCAAAGCAGUGUGUAAUUGCAGCAGUAAGUUUGUACUAACACAUGGUGGCGCCAUUCAACUAUCAAUCACCCUGAACAGCUUGAACUGCUCUUUAAAUUGAAAGCUAAAUAUGUUCUAGCUCUGAUCAUAUACAAUAAUAAUCAUUUAUUGUCAUUUCUGCUGAUAACGUUUUUCCAAAUAAAACUGCCAUAGCCCUA